AUGUCAUUAGACAUCGUCAACAUUGACUCAUUGUCUACAGAUCAAAUUGACACGUACAUAAACAACAUAACGCAAACAAUAAACAAGACUUGUGAUGUAAUUUUCCGACGUAAAAUACCCCAGCAAAAAAUCCCUUGGUGGACGGAAGAGCUCACUGAAAUAAAAAAGAAAGUAAUCCACCUUCACCAUCGACUCCAAGAUCUGAAACGCGGCAAGAAAGACCUCACCAAUAUAAUUUCUGAAAUAAAUGAGGCAAGAGAUGAAUACAGCAGAAAAAUCCGGAUUACAUGGAGAGAUCACUUUAGAAAUUUCUGCAAUAAGCAAGAUAGAGAAAACGUGUGGUCCGUCACAAACAGAUUGUUAAAAAGUACCCCUCAGCCGCAGCCACCAGCAACUUUGAAAAUAGACGAAAAUAAUUACACAAAAUCUACGAACGACACAGCUGAAAAACUUAUGUCUAAAUUCUUCCCCGAAGACAAUCCUAUAGACGACUCUCCUUACCACCAGCAGAUAAGAAACGAGAAUGCCAGCACACAAAAUACACUAAAUAACAUUAAUACCCAGAAUAAUGAGCCUGCUUUCACGAAUGAAGAAAUCAAAGAAGCCGUAUAUGAUAUGAACCCUAAGAAGGCCCCAGGUGUUGACCAUCUCACUUCAGAUAUAUGUAGACAUUUUAUCGACAUGUACCCGGCACUCAUCACCAAACUAUAUAACAGCAGUUCUCCAGAGAACGGAUGGCGCAGGGGAGACAGCGGUGGCGUACAGUACCGUGCGGUGGAACUUAACUGGCGCGGGUUCCAAUCCUGA